AUGGUCAAGUUCGACCCCGAACUCAAGAAAGAGGCGGAGAAGGAUGGCGGCAAGUUCGACAAGAAGGUCGACAAGGACUGGACUCACGCCUACGCCGACGACCUUCGAGCCGAUGUCUACACCGAGGUCAACUCGAGCCCCAAGGCUGACGUCCACCAGCGCGAGUGGCGCAAGAUCAUGAACGGCGACCCGGUGGAGAUCAACCCAUCCGUCGGCAGCGGCCUCAAGUGCAUGACCAUCGACGAGUGGUCCUGCCGCUGGAAGCAGAACGACCGCUUCCCCGAGUGCCUGGCGUGCGGCAGCGAGUCCACCAAGGAGCACCACUUCAUGCAGACGUGGUGCAGGAGCAAGAAGGCGUUCGAGUCGGAGACGCUGUGCCUGGACUGCCACAUGUUCUCGUGGCGGUCCUACAGCGACCCCGACUUUCUCACCCCCGAGGAGUACGAUAAGAUCCGAUGGGAGAACAUGGUGAACGACAAGGCCGCGGGCAGGCCGGUGGUGCCGGACGCGGAUAAGAGGCCCUCGCUUGAAGAGCUCGGCAUCCCCACCGGUGACAAGCCGGGCAUCCACGACUGGAUGCACGCCCUGGCGGAGGUGCAGUGCAAUCUACGUGGACCGUUCUUUCAAGCGCCGCUUCGCCGCAACCCGCCGCAGCGAUGCAACACUUUCAGAUGUAGGUCGUGCAUCGACCAUCAGAUGCACGACCUGGCAGCGUACACGCGCGACCUGAGGUGA